AUGGACUUGCUGCCCUCUGAGCUCCUCUGCGAGAUCCUCUCCCACCUGCCUCCGUCCUGCCGGCCCUCGACGCGCCUUACUUCGCGCCGCUUCAACGCCAUACUCGCCCCGCAAUCGUUCCCGUCUGUGCCGUCCUUCAUCGACCCCGGUGCCGCGCUCUUGAAGCUCGAAUCGGGCGCUCUCCAGGCACGACGGCGUCAAGUGACUUCUAUUUGGUCCCCUAGCUGCUGCGUGCCCGCUGAUAUACCCAUUCCGCACAGCUUCCUCCUCGCUGUGUAUCUUGCGUUUUGCGGCAGACAAUGGCAGCCCUUUUCUGAAAAGACGAGCGGGGCCUCUGGGGAAUGGGAUUCGGAUAGUGGGAUCGGUGGACGACGUUACCGAGGAGAGCUUGCGGGCGGCCAUGUUCCGGUAUGCCCUCUACUUGAGUUAUUCGUACCGAGGGGCUGGGGAGGCACCAUCGUUGUGGGUAUUUAA